AUGGAAAAACAGCUAAUGAAGCUGGUGAAGAUUCACACGGACAAGAAUCCUUCUGACAUGAUGACCAAGGUUGUCACCAGAGACAAACUGGAAGUUUGCAAAAAUCUAACCGGGAUGGACUUCAAUUGUGGGAGUGCAACUACAAUAUUUUUGUCUUGGGCAUUGGAGGGAUUUCUUACUGAUUCUGAUGUUGCUAUUGAUAUACUACUUUUGCUGUUGUUAAGAGCAGAUCAGGAGUGGAAAGAAGAAUGGAAUUGUCCACUGCACACCCUUAAUGCCCAGCAGGACCACAAGCUCAUGUUCGGUCUACUUUUUUCCCUUAAAUCCUUGACUGCAAAAAUGGAUCCAACAAGUGCGAAGAAGGGAAAUCUUGGGGUGCCUCAGUUACCAGGACAAGGGUGUUCAUUUCACAGCUUUCGUACCAAUACGUACAAACUCAGUUUUAUGGAGAGUCCAUCUGGUAUAAAGAUCAUUCUCGUCACUCAUCCCAGGAGUGGUGAUCUAAGGGAUUCCCUGAAGUAUAUUUAUAAUUUGUAAGUUAAAUAGGUUGUCAAGAAUCCACUCUAUAGUCCAGGAACUCCAAUCAGGUGUGAUCUAAUGUUUUUAACCACACUU